AUGAGAAGUCCAAGGAAAAGAAGCUACUCUAGAAGCAGUUCCCGGAGUUACCGCCGGCACAGGAGAUCUCCAAGCUAUGACCGUCAUGGUCACCGGCAUAGUAGAGACCGCUAUGACAGCUAUGAACGCCACCAUCGCCAUAGAUCUCCUCAUGGUUCAAGGCGUGGCGGGAUUUCAAACCCUCCUCCAGACCAUCCAGAAGCCAACCCAGGGAAUAACAUCUACAUUAACAACCUCUCAAUAGAAACCAAAGAAGACGAAUUAAGAGAGAUCUUCAGCAAGUAUGGGACUAUCAAAGAUAUGAGGAUCAUUAAGGAUCCUUUCACUCAGGAAUCAAGAGGGUUUGGGUUUGUUACGUAUGAAAAGGUUGAAGAUGCAGGAGAAGCUAUUAAAAAUUUAGACAAAACUGAAUUGCAAGGUAAGGUAAUUAGAGUGGAAAAAGCUAGAAGAAGCAAACCACAUGAGCCAACUCCUGGGAGCUAUAACGGACCACUUGCAGCUUCAAGUAAAUAUAGAAACUCAUAUCAUAGAAGAAGACGAACUCCAUCACCUCUAGCUCGCUCUAGAAGAGAUCGCUCAAUAUCUAAUUCUCAAAAUCGCUAA